AUGACCCCCCCCACUAAGUCAGCUUUUCAUAAAAUAAUUGGUUUUUUUGAAAAAUUUUGAAAAGAAAGCGGUUCGGUUUGAAGACGGCACAAAAAAUCUGAAGAUCAAGAAGAAGUGGAAAUUUUUGAGACGGAAAAUAUUUUCGUAACUUCCAUCAAGUCCUCAAAAAAGGGCAAAUUUUGAGAAUUUUACAUCCCUUGGCUGAUUUUCCAUCUGAACCACCUUGAUCUGAGUAGUAAUAACUUCUCAAAGUUGGUAUGAAUUAACUAAACUUUAAAAUUGCAAAAAGAAAGUUUUUCGGCGUCAUAACUCGCUUAAAAAGCAAGAGGAACAGUUUUUUCUUCGACUGAUUUAAAAUUUCGGUUUUCAAAAAUACUUCUUUUCAUAACAGUUUCAAGUUGUGUCUUUUUUGCCAACGCCUUUUUGAAUCAAACGAUAUUCCACCGCCUUUCUCCAAUCUGACGUCAUCAAAAGAAGCCGCUCACGGUUCGGAAUUCCAAGACAAAUAGAGGGAAAUCCAGCCGGCUGGUAGUUUUUGACCCAACUUCGGCGUCUACCCAACACACACGCACACACAAACACAAAGGGGCUGCGGCGGGGAGAGAUGGGGGCGGGGCGUGGCCGGCGUCGCUGAUUGGCCGACGGGUCGAACCGCUGCCGCCGCUGCACAUAAAUCGAUCGAAACGCUCUGGCCACUCUCCGCCGUGAGGUUGCCUCGUUCCUUAUCGUCCUACUGCGGUUUCCCCUAACAUUUUUGUCCGAACGGUCCAAUAAAACUUGAUUCAUUUCACCUCCUUACACUGAUUUUUGCAUUGAUCUUAACUUCAUCCAAAAUUUUUUUAUUUUCAAAUUUUUCUGUUAAACUUUGACCUCAAAAUGCUUCUACAAGGCUUUAAAAAUAACCCCAUCAAAGGAUCAAGCUCAAAAAGUUCAAAAAUAGCCUCGGCGCGCAUUUUUCUUACGCUCCUGGCACGAUGCCAAUGUUUGCCCAUUUCAUUUUUUUUCCGAAUUCAAACUGAAACUCUUCGAAAAAGUGAUAUUUUUCACGAAAAACAACUUAUUUUUGAAUUUACGACUUUCAGAUCAUUUUUUACCCAAAUUUUUCAUUGAUUCUUAUCUUUUUUUCUUCAGAAAUUGAACUUUUUUGCUGAUUUCGCUCAUUUAUAUGGAAGUUUUCGACAGGAAAACGACAUAUUUUCAAUUUUACAUUACAAUUUAGUGAAUUCUACAUUUUUUCCAUCUAAGAAAUCUUUUUCUCUUCUCUUAUCGUGUUUUUUUAUCAGUUUCUUAUCUUAGUUUUUCUUAUUGGCUCCUUGAAAUUUUUUUCAUUUUUAUAUUUUUUUUUGUAAGCAUUUUUUUCAAGCAAUUAUAUUGACUUCUUCUAAAACUCAACAUAUUUUUCCAUUUUACAGAAAUUAAAAUUAACUGUCAUUUUUGUCAAAAACGUUCUUGUCACGGAUUUUUUAUCGAAAGAUGGCUUAUCUUUGCCAAGAAAAAAACGUGGCGAAGAAGAAUAAUCGCUCACUGAGAAGCGGGUUUUCGAAUGAUUGAUCGUUUCUGAAAAAAGAUUGGAUUACAAUUGAAUUUCCAACCUUGAAGUUAUGGGAAAAAUGACGUAAUUUUUGUAAAAAAAUUAUUGCUUUCAAUUUAUUCACAAGCAGAAUCACAUAUAAACUUUGAAUAUGUUGAUCAAUAUAAGCAAAAUAAACAUAUAAAACAAGAAAACGAUUUUUUUGAUUUGAAUUCAAAUUUUACCGCGGUAUGUGAUUUUUGUGCGGGAGGCAAUGCACAGGAUAAAUUCAAAUCCGACGACAUUUUCGGGAAUUUUUAUUAUUUUAGUUUGUUUUCUCAUUUCUUUCAUUAUUUAUAUUCAGUUAAAUACUUCCCUAUCAGUUUUUUUGUCACAAAUUUCCAUUAAAGUUUUUUUGUUUUUUUGUGAAUUAAAUUAUUCCACUUCCGGUGAAAAAAAUUUUUCUUUUUUUAAAAUUUUUUUCUUCUCAUUGCGACUUUUUCUUGUCCCCAAUUAUUUUUAAUUAUUCCAGAAAUGAGCACAAAUCAGCCCCCCGAAACCACCGCAGCCCAUACCGCUUUACCUGUUGCACGAUGCUUCCGUGCCUGUACUGAAUGUUCCAGGGGUAUGUUCAAGUUUUUCGCUUAAGUACGAUUUUUUUCUGGGUACCUGCCAUUAAUAUUCAAAUUUACCAUAGUCGUUUUGAUAAAUUUAGUCCUUUGGAUUUAUGAAAAAAAUCGUUAUUUUAUUGAUUUAACAUCGGGAAAAAAAUUACCUUUCUAUUGAGAACAUUGUUUUUUAAAUCAAAAAUCUUGUAUCCAUGGUCCGCAAAAAGUCGUCAGAGUGAAGAGUAAAAUUUUUUUGACUUUUUUUCGAAAUCUUUUUUUCGUCAUAAGUUUCUUUUUUUGUUUAGAAUUUUUUUAUUAGAGGCGCAUGACCAAUUUUUGCUUUUUUUCAAAAAAAUGAGCACUUUUUUUGGACAAAAUGGAACUUUUUGCGUGAUCGGAAUGCAUUUUUUUGUCGUUAAAAAAAUUGUUCUGAGACAUUAAAAAUAGAAAAAAAUAAGCGAAAACGAUGACUAACGGGCCGAGUUUACCCACAGUUGAUUCAUCAAGCGACGCCACCCAAAAAAAUCACAUUUUUAUUUUUUUAUUAUAUUCUGGCUUUUUCAGGGUCAAGGGCAAGUCCGACUUCAAAAAUGCGGUCGAUUUUUACUCCAACCUGGCGCCCUGAACAUGGGGCCACAAAAAGGUUUCAAGAAAUCAUCGGAAAAAAACCCCUGAAAAUCUGUGAUUUCAGGACCUCCGACUCAGUUGAAUGGACUAUUCAUGGCCGACAAUGAGUCGACGACUUUCGAGAACAGAAGUUCGCCCAUGUACCUGGAACUGGCCCCGCAACCGCAGGCACUUCUACCCCUGCCAUAUGACGUAAAGAUAUUUUGUUUUUAUCUGUUCAAAUCCCAAAAAUACAAAAAAGUUAUGAGUCAUAAUAACUUGGGUGGUCACUAGAAGGGCUAGGGAAAAAAGGCACCUAUAGGGGAAAAAAUAGUGCUCCCUAGAGGGCUAAAAUUGAUGGUAUCUUUAAGAUUGUAUAGUCUGACCCUUAAGCCUCUAAAGCUUGAGUGGUCACUAUAGGGAUUAGGGCGGAAACUAUGGGGGACAAAAUAGUGCUCCCUAGAGGGGUAAAUUUUAAGUGAUUCGGCCCCUGUCGGGGACCAAAAAGUGCCCCUUACUGGGGUAAAAUUCAGACGGUUCCUAUAGGGGUUUAGGGUCUGACCCCAUAAGCUUCUAAAGCUUGAGUGGUCUCUAAAGGGUUUGAGGGAAAAACAGACCCUAUAGGGGACAAAAUAGUGCUCCCUAGAGGGCUAAAAUUGAGAUGGUCCUUAUAGAGUUUAGGAGGAAAAAAGGACCUUGUCGUGGACGGAUAAGUGGUCCCUAAAGGGGUAAAAUUUAGACGGUUCCUAAAGGAAUUUAGGAUCUGACACCUGAGCCCCUGAUGCUCAAGCUUCUUGUAUAAUUCUCAAUUUGAAAAAUGAGAUCUAUCGAGUUUUUCACAUGGAAAUGCGUCUUCUCUUGGACAAUAGUCAGCUCCCCUGGAGUGACCACUUUUGCAAGCUCUAGUGCCCCCUAAAGAGGGUAAAGAGAGAAAAGAACCUUUAAGCGCCCCUGGGUUUGCCUAUCUAGGGAUUAUUUUGACGUUUCUAAAAAAAAAAAAUUGAUAUCAGAGCUGCCAACGGGGCGACGUAUACCGGAAAGUUCAAAAUGAGUGAAAACUCAGAAAAAGUUCAUUUUUGAAAAUUUUGCGCGUCGGGUCCUCCCAGGGCGGUCCGAAAACUGAUCUGUAGAAAAGGCUGGAGAAAAAAAAGGCGGUGCCAAGCCUCAUUUUGAAUUAAUUUUUCGCUUUUUUAAAAAAUAGUUUUCACCGUGUCAGCUUAGAUCAAUGAGUUUUUGUGGAAAUCUGGAUUUUAUAAAGAUCCAGGAAUUUUAUAAAUAAAUUUAUUUUUUGAUUGAAACCAUAAGAUACAAAGGAAAAUGUUCCUAUUUUGCUGCCUUUUUGCGCCAUUUCCUCGGCUCUUAUGCACCAUUUUUGCUGCCUCUCCUUUUUUCCACCAUUUCUCGAGCCUUUAAAAUCCCAGAAGAAAUGGAAGGCUCGAUAAAGGGACUCUUAUUGCUGCCUUUUUGCUGCCUUUCUGCGACCUUUUUUGAGCCUUUUAGCGGCCAUUAUCCAACAUCCCGACUUUGCCUGAGUGGAUUAAACCAUUUAAAGAAAAUAAAAAUUUUUUUGUAUAAUGUUGAUGAUCAAAUUUUGAUUGUUUCCAGUUGAAAGUCGAAGUUGAAGAGAAAAAAUGCGACUCGACGGUCAGCGAAUCUUCGACGCCGCCCGUGCUUCGACGAGGUAUAAAUUAUCGAGAAAUGCCAAUCGCCUUUCCAGUUUGAUAAUUCUUUUUUAUCCUCCCAGGCGACGAAGUCACCCCGGAUCCGCCGACGCCAGUGCCGGUCCGGAACUCGUUUCUCUCGGAAAUCCACAGGAAAUUCAUCCGAGAGGCACGGUCGGUCGCCUACAUCUCCAAGGAGCCGAUAGUUCAUCACAUCGACGGCAUGGACAUUGAGGUCUUUUUUAGCGAAGCUACAGAACAUACGUCGGCUGGAUCCCACCCCGGAGUGUGGCCUCACCCCCUCUCUGAAAAGGGCGGUCUAUCUCAGUACAUUUUUCAAAUCGCGCGCGCAAAAGACCGGGGGUGAAUAUCCAGCCGAUGUAUGCUACAGAAUCAUCAGAAAAGUUCUAGAAGUGAAAAUUUUUUUAAAAAGGCUAAAAAGAGCUUCACAGACCCACAAGCUUGGAUAAGAGGUACAGAGCAUUUUUUGCAAAUGGACAGUAAAAAAUGGGAUUUUAGGUGAAAAAAGUAACUUGUAGAGCUUUUAAUUGCGAAUCGAACGGUCUACUUGAAAAAGCUCAUAUCCGAGUACUUUUGAAGAAAAACGCGAUUAUUUUCUCCCAGAGAAGCAUUUUCAACCAAAAUUUGCAAAUUUUAUAUGACAAACAGUACGAAAAAAAUUUUAGUGACAACAGGAAAAAUUGAAAUUUGAAAGGAACUGAGAAAAAGCGAAAAUUCGAGGCGGAGCGCUGUCCAUAGAGCAACUUUACUGCAAAUGCACUUUUGGCGGGGAUUCGAAUUUUUUUCUCCGGAAACAGGAGCUUCUGUUCAUUUUCAAGUAUACCGUUCGAUAGACACAUUUUUUAUUGCCCUUUAAUAAGUGUAGAAUUUUGGAUAACCCAAAAAGAAGCUUACCAGGGAAUGGUCUCUGGUCGCAAUGGGGCUUUUGAAUAAGACCAAGUUUUCUAGAUGUAGUUUUUCUUGCUGAUUCCAAAUCUGGUUUCAAAAACUGUCGAGGAGGUCAGUGAAGAAAGUUAUGAACCGUCAAAAGCCGAAAAUUUCAGUUUCUCCGAUUGAGCUUAUUUUUGGAGCACAUGUUUAGAGCCAAAGAAAAAGUCACUACGCUCUUACUGUCGGGUUGGUAGGGGCUGAUUAGGUUUUUUAAAAAGCCGGAGACUUGUUUCACAAAAAGUUUCUGAUGCAAAGUUUCUUCGAAGAUAUGAUUUUUCGAAUCUCAAGAGAAAAAUCUUCAUUUUCACGGUUUUCGGUUUUUGCUCACAAAUCUGAUCUUGCUAGAGCAAAUCAGGUUUUUUUUUCACGGAAAUGAGUUACUGCAGAGAUGUUUGAAAUCCGUGCGAAGUUCCAAGUCAUUUGAGCCGCUUUCAGAGAAGUUAUGCUCGAAUAACCACUUUGAAAUACCUUUAUGGCCAGUACUGUAGAUCUCGUAGUUCUGAUAACGAAUAACAUAUUAUUUUCCUCCACAAAGUUUUUAAGCCUAGAUAUUAGUUAUCAAAGCUACGCCAGGGUAUGCCGCGUAUGCGAGCGCGGUGUGGUAUUGCUAAAUUUCGACUUUUAAGGGGCCAUAACUUUUUUCAAAGACCUCCGCGGCAGUUUUUGAGACCAGAUUUGGAAUAAGCGUGAAAAACUGCAUCUAGUAAACUUGGUCUCAUUCAGAAGUCCCACUGCGAAUGGAAACCAUUCCCGGGUUAGGAAAGAAGCAUCAGAAUAUUUUUCCUUCAAAAAAGGCUUUAAAGCCGAAAAUCCUUCUCAAAAUUGAAAAAUGGUUUUCAGGAGUACCCCAACGGCCUGCCCGAAAAAACGAAAAGAAAGCGAGGCCGUCCGAAACUCCGUGUCGUUAGUUUCAGCGAGUCGAUCGGGCCCCCGAACGAGACCCCGCCCGUGAAAGAAGACUCGAUAGAUGAUCCGGCUCUGGAGGAUGGCGCUGAAGUAGUUGGUCUAGAAGGGCUCUUCAGAAUUCCAUCGAUGAGAUUCAGAAGACGCGCAAGAAGAGGAGAGGUGAGGUUGACUCGCUCAUGUUCAUGGACUUUGGUCCGGUCAACGGCGGCACUUUGUGGCAGCAGCAGCGGGAGGGCGGGUCGCUCGGCGAGUCGGUGACGUCUCCUGGCGAGUCUGGCUCAGACUACGAGGAUGAGCCCGCGCGGGUGAGGAGCUGCCGCCAGAGAUGGCGGGGUUGGAAUAGAAAAGAAAGACGCGGAGGAUUUUCAGUAAAAAAUGGGGUUUUAGGUGAAAGCAGUAUCUUAUAUAGUUUUCCUUUGCGAAUCGGAUGGUGUAUUCAAAAAAAUUACAGAUGUGACUUCUUUUCAAGAAAAAACGCUACUUUUUGCCUAUAAUUUUGAAAAAUGCUUUGGAUCGGCAUACGCACAAGUUUUUACAGUAGCCGCGAUGUUGCGGACGUCUCAUUAGACUCGCAUUUUGUGAGAAAUAACCGGAUAUCUGCUUCAAAUCAAGGAUUUCUACUAUGAAAAAUCUAUUAAGAAAACAGAAAACACACAUUGAUAAUAAAGGAAACGCAAAUAAUCGCUAUCCCAAUCGAAACCUGUGUAAAAUCAUCAUUUUUCACCAGGGAAGCAUUUUUGCGAUCAUAGUUUGCAAAUUAUACAUGAUUAGAAAGCUUUUGUGACGAAAAGAACUUUGAUGACAACAGAAAAAUUGAAAAUUGAAAGAAACGAAGAAAAAUGCGAAAAUGAGAAAAUUGGCGAUAGAGCAACUUUACUGCAAAGCGCCCUUUUCGCGGGAACUCAAGCUUUCAUUUCUCCGACUUUGAAUUAUUUUUUCUCCAAAACUAGGAGUUUCUGUACGUUUCAAAGUUGACCGUUCGAUUCGCAAUGAAAAACUCUACAAAACACCGUUUUUUACUUCCCCUAUGCCUUUAGGAAGUGGCCAAAAUAGUCAUUUUUGAGCACAUAUUUUCUUGCCUGUGAAAUGAAAACUUCCGCAUUUUCGAAACCUACAAACUUUACAAAAUCUCCCAGAAAUAUUCACUAAAGAAGGCAAUUUUUCAGAAGCGCAACCCACAGAGGGCGUCCAAAGAGAAGGCGGCGAAAAGGCUGGAGGGCGACGAGAGCCACAGAAGACCGACGUCUUCAAGAGGCAAAGAGAAGGAAGUAACGACUCCCGGGGAAUACACCAGGAACACAAGAAGAUUGACGAGGUCGAAAAAAUCGACGACGCCGGCCCAAGCAGAACCUGCUCCAGCUCCAGAAGUGGAAGCCAACCUAGACCAGCCCGGACCGUCUCGACUCGUCUGUCCUGAAGUCCUCGCCCCGACGCCUUCGAAGUCGCCAACUCCAGUCCGGAACAACAAGAAGUCCUCUUCUCCUAUCAAGAAGAAAUCAAUCACUCCCAAGGUCCCGAAGAAGAAGAAGAUGCCUCCGAAACGAGCUGGUAGAGCUUCGCUCGAAGUGCCGCCAGAGUUGGAGGCAGCCCCAGCUGAAGAGCAACCAGCUUUGGAACCUAUGGAAACGACACCAGUCCCGGAAGCUCCUGCUUCGAAAAAGGGUCGUCGAACUUCGUCUGUAGUGGCUCAAGAGUCGGCUCCUUCUGAAGUCGCGACAGACUCAGAUGCUCCUUCUCUGAAGCGAGCUCGUCGAACUCCGUCCUCAGCAGCUCCAGCUCUGGAGUCUUCCGAAACGCCGCCAGUCUUGGAAGCGGCUCCUCCGAAGAAGGGUCGUCGAACUCCUUACGUAGGGGUUCCAGCUCUGGAAUCUCCUUCUCCUGAAGUGUCACCAGUCUCGGAAACUUCUCAAGAACAAACUGAUCAAACGCCUCCGGUCUUGGAACGUUCUCCACCCAAGCAGAUUGAAAGAACUCCUCCGGUCUCGAAAGCAAAGAAAACUAGCCAAAGUCACUCUGAAAUGGCGCCAGUUUUGGUAGCUUCUCCUCCGAAACAGGCGGACCAAACUUACUUCGAACAUGCGCCCGUAUUGGAACGUUCUCCUCCGAAACAAACUGGUCGAACUCCUACUAAAGUACCGACCAUUCUGGUAGCUUCUCCUUCGAGACAGGCUCCGCAAACUCACCCUGAAAUAGCACCAAUACUGGAACGCUCUCCUCCGAUGCACCCAGUUUUGGUAGCCUCACCUCCAAAACACCUUGAAAGAACUCCGCCAGUGUUCUCACCACCAGCGCCUACUGGCCGACUUCAGACCCCAGUUCUGGAAGCAUCUCUUCAGAAUCCGGCACUUCUGGAGUCUUCUUCAACAGUUGUGACCACAGUACCACCGCCAGUACUAGCCAGUGCCACCUUCACGAUGCCUACCCCGCCGGUAGCACUACCGCCGCCAGUCCUGGCAGCUCCGCCCACGCCGGUGAUGACGCCGACUUUCGCGACGCCUACACCGACGUUCGCGACGCCGACACCGACGCCUACGCCACCGUCGACGUCGUCUUCGGCCUCGUUCUCAUUGAGACCCGCCGACGUGCCGCCCGACUGCGUCACCAGCAAGAAGUCGUUCGCCGAGUGGACCGUGAGUUUUUUCUCAUUUUUAAAUUUUGUGAAAAGUAAUUUGCGAUUUUUUUGGAACGGGGCAGUAUUAAUCGUUCGAGAUAAGAAAUUUUGAAGCACUUUAAAAAAAUUUUUUUAAAACGCGAUAUCGCGCCGAGAAAAAACAAUAGCGACGCGGCUAAGAAGCAGCACUUUCGCGGUAUCGCCAAUGUACCUCGAUUUUUUCAUUUAUUCAUAUUAAAUCUCGAAAAUGAAUCGCCGCACCGGGCCCGCAUUUUUCUAGACGCGAUAUCGCUUUUCUAAAAAAAAUAUUUUUAAAACGCGAUGUCGCGCCGAGAGGAUGUGAAGACCGGCGCGGCUAAAAAGCAGCAUUUUUGCGAUGUCAUCAAUGCUCCUAAUUUUUCAUGAGUUAUUCAUAGUAAACCUCGCGUUUUUCUUGACGCGAUAUCGCUACAAAAAUGUAGUUCAAAAUUCUGAAAGACAGCAUUUUCGCGAUAUCGUCAAUGCUUUUCAUUUUUGAUGAGUUAUUCAUAGUAAACCUCGCAUUUUUCUUGACGCGAUAUCGCUAAAAAAAUAGCUCUGAAUUCUGAAAGGCAGCAUUUUCGCGAUCGUCAAUGCACCUCACUUUUCAUGAGUUAUUCAUAGUAAACCUCGCAUUUUUCUUGACGCGAUAUCGCUACAAAAAUGUAGUUCAAAAUUUGCAAAACGAUAGACCGGCGCUACUGAAAAGCGCUUUUUUGCGAUGUCGCCAAAACUUCGACCUGAAAGCCAAUUGUUUGCAGUGCGACGAGACGGCCGAAUGGGUGAUGUACAUCACGAAGUCGGAAGCCGCCUCGCGAGCCGUCAUCCAACACGAGAUCGACGGCAAAGUCCUGAUGGAGAUCUCGAUGGACGAGCUCAAAUCCAACCUCGCCAUGCCUUUCGGGCCCUUCGUCAAGAUCCGAAUAGCCUUGCCCAAAGCCAUGGAAGAAAAUCCUUGA